AUGCUAGCUGAGGAAGUUGAUGACUGGUGGAUCAACACUUGUCAGGUGUUGGAUGCUGCAACUGAAGUUGCAACUUGGGUUGUGUUCAACAGGGAAUUUCUGAGAAAGUACUUUCCUGAGGAUGUUCGUGGGAAAAACGAGAUUAAGUUUUUGGAGCUGAAGCAGGAGUUGGGUCAUCGUGUCAGUGAUGUGAAGAAGUAUUACAAGUGUGGGAAGUCAGGACAUCUCGUUGCUGAUUGCAAAGAUAAUGUAGUAACUUGCUACAACUAUGGUGAACCGGGACAUAUCAACAUUCAUUGCGUGAAGCCUAAGAAAGCUUCAAUUGGAGGAAAGGUGUUUUCUCUGACGGGGACUCAGAAUUCCAGUGAUGAAAGGUUGAUCAGAGGUAUAUGUUAUAUUAAUAGUACACCAUUGAUUGCUAUUAUUGAUAUUGGUGCUACUCAUUCUUUUAUUGUUGCUGACUGUGUGAAAAGGCUAGGCCUUGUUGUGCCUCCUAUGAAUGGAGAAAUGGUUAUCAAAAUUCCUGCUAAAGGUUCAGUGACUACUACUUCAGUUUUUUUGAAUUGUCCUAUGUUAAUCUUUGAUAAAUAUUUUAGCAUUGAUAUCAUUUACUUUCCAUUGGAGAAUCUUAAUGUUAUCUUGGGGAUGAACUGGUUGGAGUUCAAUCAUGUUUAUAUUAAUUGUCAUAACAAGUCGGUGCAGUUUCUUACUCCUGGUGAAGAGGAAGAAUCUGGCUUCUUGUCUACUCGAUAG